ACCUUACUGUAUAUGACUGCAAAUGUUUUUUCAACAUCAUAUUAUAUGUAAUUUUACUGUAAAAUACUGUAAAAAUGUAUGGUUUGGACAAAUAAAAAAUAUGAAUAAGGUUAUCUGAUAAUUUAGGCUGUUUAGGCAAAACAGUAAAAAGAACAUUCCAGAAUUCAUUACACAUCAGAUCACAUGAUUACAUUUUUUAUAAAUAAUACUAAUUUUUGUUGUCAGUAAUGUUGCUACAAAUAAUAGUGUAUUUUGUGUGACAUUUUAUGUAAUUUAGUUCAUGUUUAUUGCAUUAUUUAGCCCUGGUAUUUUGUCUUUGUGUUUGACCCUACACCGUACGCUACUAAUCAUGUUUUAUGAAAAGGCUUCUCUUGUGCCACCUCUAUUAUUAUGGUGGUUAUUGGUACAUUUUAAGGUAAAAGCAAAUUUUGAAAGUUAAAGUAGCUAUAUUAACAUAACAUCACUUAAUAUAAGGUCAAAUAAGCUUUUGUCGUCAUUUAUUGAUUAAUUAAAGUGCAGACGUGACAGACAGAUGAAUUUAGAUCAGAACAUGUUUUAUAUUAAUAAUUGUGAAAAUUCAGCAAGAGAUCAGCAGUCUUAAAUAUGCUGAAGUAAAUUUGAGAAAGGUUAACGAAUAACUGCGCAUGUCUGAUCAGUUCACGUGAUUAUUGUUGACGUCACGUGACGUACGUCUGAUGUAGAGCGCAUGGAACAGAGAAACGGAAGAGUUCCGAUACAUACAAAAAGUAGUAUUUCAUCCUAAUUUCAAAAACAUUUUACACAAUAUAGUCAAAUAAAAUAUAUUUUGAUUAUAUGUGGCAGCCAUGAAUAUCAGUUGUGGCUUCAUCUGUGUGUUUGCAGUGCUGAUAAAUAAAGUUUCUCUUGUUUCAGUGUUUCUGCAGGACACCGUAGUAGAGGCUGUUAUUGGCGGUUCUGUUGUCCUUCCAUGUUCUUCCACUGAACAAUAUCAUAACCUUCAAGAUAUUCAUGUGUUUUGGAGACACAAUAGCAGCAAGAUUGUGCAUGAUAUAAUUCCCAGCAGUCAUUCACAAGAGAAACAGGAUUCAGAGUAUAGAAACAGAACCGAAUCAUUUCCAGAGGAGUAUGAGAGAGGAAACUUUUCCAUCAAACUCCACAAUCUCAUUUAUGCUGAUACAGGAGACUACAGCUGCCUCAUCUCACACUCAUCUGAACAACCUGCUGUACAGCUGAUCAUUAAGGAAUCAACAGCAGAAACUGGACAAGAAGACCAAAGAAUAACAAAAUCAAGCAGUGUGUGGAUAUCAUCGCCUUUGCUUUGGAGUGGCAUUGUACUCGGUAUAGUUAUAGUUAUAGUUAUAGGUUUAAUUUUAGUUUACUUGAGAAAAAAGUCCUCAAGCAAUCUUAGUGCUGGCGGACACAGCAUGAGAUCAGAUGCUCAUGAGGUUGAAAACAUUAUGAAUCAGUAAGAGCUGAUAAUAAUAAAGCUGAUAAGAGAAAGUUGUUACAUGGCACAACUGUAUAGCUUGGUGUACCGGCAACAAUUGCAUGAAAUUUUGCGCUAAACACUGAGUCAGACGAGGAUGUCAGUGCUUAAUUUUUAAACAACUUAAACAACUUUGGAUGGAAAAAGUAAGAAAUAAUGAGAAGAGUGUGCAAAUUAUUUGGUUGAAGAACAGGGAACAGAAUGGAAACUGUUACUGUAUUUCCUGCUGAUCACAUUAAGCCUAUAACAGUUAUAUUUUACAGCCGUUAGGAUGGAUUUCAUGGGAAAUCAUUAGUCUGCGCAUGUUUUGUGUCAUAUCUGUAAAUAUAGGAAAGGUCAAGCUCUACAUCUACAUACAGUGGAAGUUUUUUAAAGCUACAAAAACGGAAAUCAACAUUAUCCAUAAUGAAACGCAAAUUAACCAUCAAAUAGCAUCAUAUUUGCUGUGCAUUGAAAAGGGCUACAUUUCUCAAAAGCAUCGUGAGCUAAGUUUAUUGUCGAGACAAGGUUCUCAAAACAAUGUUUAUGUUGUAACAUUGCCAAGUCAAAACAACAGCAGAAUAUAAAUUAUCUGCUCGCAAGUCAUUUUUUAAAUAUCUGUUUUUUAUUAUUUAUUUAUUUAUGGGGGAGGGGGUGUUGUUAGUGACAUUUGCACUGAUAAGAUGCUCACCUGUAACCAUGGGCUCAGUAUGUAGGCCCAUUUCUUGCACAUAAGAUCAUAAAACAUGAGAUUAAAAAUUUGAAAUUCUAACGUAAAAUGUCAAUUAUGGAAUAAAAAGUCAUUAUUAUGAGAAGAAAAUCAAAAUUAUGACUUUAAAAAAUUUAAAUGACACAAAAUGUCAAAAUUGACAAAGUCCUAGCUGUAAGUGAUGCACGUCAAACCAUCAGAUUCAUGUGUGCAGAAUAACAGAGCGACUCGCAGCUCAUGUAAUUACCAAACCUAAUGUUCCUCCGCAAGUAGUUUUAUGCUGCAACUGCUAAAGGACCAAGUUACAUAUUCUGGCUUUAAUAACUAUUUUUAUAUUUUGUACCCUUUAUGAUUAUCACUUUUAAGUCAAGUGCUUUAAAUUAAUAGUGUGUAUAAAGUGUUCUGUAAAUAACCUUGCCUUGUCUUUCCACAUUGUAAGUUUAAAAGUUAAAUUUAGGUUUUAUAGUUUUUACAGUUUUAUGAUGCAAAAGACGCUGUUUUGUACUGUUAAAUUCUUGCCUUAUUCACUGCAUUCUUAUUGUAUAACAUAAUGAGAUCUUGAAAUAGGCUAAAGUUAAGACAACAUGAGUCAAUAUGUUGCUGCCUUAAAAAUCCUGUACUAGUAAACAUUCAUAUUGAAAAUGUUGUAUUUGUAGGAACUGUUAAUUAUGUUUAAAAUAUAUUUCAAAAUUCUCAGGUAUAAACAGAAAACAAGGCUCAUUGUUUCAUUGUAUUUGCAUGAUCAUUAUAUUCAAGACCCAAUAAAUUGUAUUGAUGAAA